UUUCAAUAUACCUCAAAAAAGAAAAAGAAAAAAACAUAUCACAACAAGUCUGAAGAACAACGCAAAAGCCUUUCCUAGUCCUAACCGAAACGCCAAACCCUUUACCGUUCAACUCUCUCUCUCUCUCUUCUCUGUCUCUCUCUUGUACGCUAUCUUCUUUCAGCUUCUCUUUCUCCAAGCCGUGUGUUUGUUUCAUUCCUGUGAAGCUUCGUCAGAUUAAAAUGGAGAAAGGGAAUGGAUUCGAGGGAGAGAAUACGAAGAAGAAGAAGGAGACAGCUAAUGAUGGAUUUGUCGGUGGUUUUUUCCCUGUCUCUACCACCAAGAUCGCGUGGAAGUCAAGAAAAAGAUCAGCAUCUGUGAAUCCAGACAAAGAAUCUGAAGCUGCUAUGGAACUCACACCAGAGAAAGAUGAGACAACAACAGCAAUGGAAACUGAGAAAGUUGGGGAACCAAUGACCACAACUCCUGUUCUGUCUGAAAAAAGAAAAGCUCUGUUUGAGCCACUCGAACCCAUUACAAACUUGAAUGGGAAGCGACCAACAGAUGCUGAUUCGCUCUUGCCACCUCCAGAUUUCGAGUCUGCAAACUAUCCUAAAGGGUGGUUGAUUGGUAAGAAGAGGAAGCUGGUGAAUGUUGAUGUGGUUGAGAGCAUGAGAAGAAUCGCUGUCCAAGAAAUGAACAGAAAGGAUCGAGAGAUAGAUGGGCUAAACGAGCAGUUAGAAGAGGACUCGCGUUGCUUAGAGCAUCUGCAACUUCAGCUGCUACAAGAGAGAAGCAAGAGAACAGAGAUUGAAAGAGAGAACACAAUGUUGAAAGAGCAAGUUGAUAUGCUUGUCAACAUGAUACAACAAGACGAAGAAGAAGUAGCAGAAGAACCCUAGCUAGUAUAUCAUAUGUAAUGUACGUCCCCGUGUACCUAUAAUAGCUUCUCUCUGUUUUUUAUUUGUUUGUCCAUAAAAAAGGGAGGAAAGAAGCUUCACCACCAUCUAUUAUCUGGUUAAGCUACUGCUGUUAUUUCCUCCUGUUAGAACAAAAAAUAAUCAAGAAAAACAUUAUAUAUUCUGAGUCAA